AUGAGUCCAUCUGAUCCUGUAUGGAGACAGAUGCCUUCAGAUGAGUUCCACAACGUGAAGGUCGGAGUGCACCACGGCGCCGUGGGAUGUGACGCCAGGGAACCGCUUCCCAUCAGAUACCACGAAGAUGAAUCCAUCGGCUUGCUCCAGAAAACUUUCAGGAUCGUCUUCAACGAAACCGAGCACGGAGCUCAGCUGGUAGCGCCUCAGGAGCCAUCUUGGAUCACAAACAUCAGGAGAGCCAUCUGUAGCAUCUUCCUGCUUCCCCAUCUGCGGACACCAUUCGUGAAGCCUGUCUUCAGUAUUUACAGUGACACGAUUGCUGGUCGAUGCAAACACAGGUUUUCUACAACAAAGCUGCCUAAACAUUUGGCCGGUUUCGAGAACCAGCGUCUUAAAACCGUCUUAGAAGAGGACGAGCAGCGAGGCACAUUCUCCUCUGACCAGGCGUCAGCAAAAACGCCCACCAAGACUCGCAAGGGCGCCUCCGCCAAAGGGCGCAACGCUUCACAAGUAAUAAAUGUGAACGCCACUCAAGACAGUCUUUGGAAAGUCACGCGAGCCAUAAACUUUGACGAGUGCCAGCGUUUAGUGGCUAUUAAGAUUAACGCCGACAGGAGCACCAAGAAGUCCCUCAGCAGGAGCUCGGUGGCCACUUACAUCCUUAGGGGAGAAGAAGGACUCAGGAUCGAGAGGGCAGUUGUGGAGGGUUCCAUCAUCGCCUUCACGAACUCAGACCAGGAGGAGGGCAUCGACACCUUCACUANACAGACAUUAGAACUGAGAGCAGUACGUCGCAUAACUGAGAAACUACCUAUGGAUCAUGACGUUUAUCCCCGCCCAUGGUACUACGAAGCUGCACAUCAGACUGGCGAUGCUUACCCGUCUGUGGAACAAGCCGUUAUUGGGCUGAAUCUUAGCCAGCGAACCCUCGAAGAGAAAAAGACAUACAUCUUGGCGGAGCUCGGAGACUUGUCCCAGAGGGCAACAGGCGGCGAGCAUCGAGGUUUCCCGCUGAUCAAGCAAUACACAGGACUCGUGGAAGCCGUUUCCUGCCUCAGCUACGAAGACCUAAACCAGGUGUUUACUCAUCUGGGAAGAGAGCUGGUGGAGGCGGUCGACGGCCAUUCCGGAUUCGAUUUAGUCAACGUCAAUCUCUGGAAAAUUACCGUCUUCCAGCAAACGCUAAUAUCAGCAGGGACAGAACCAGCCUUGAAGCUUAUCUUAAACACCCUAAAAGACGAGUCACUCCCAACGUCGGAGGGAACUGUCCAGCGGCUCUUCGCUCAACUGCCGAUGACCAUCAAAACGCCGACGCUCAUGCCGCAGAUUCUGGAGUUCGUCAAAUCCUUAACAUGGUCGCGGAAGGACAGAGACGCCAAAAGCGUAGCCAUGAUCGAAUUCGCCAAACUGGCUCGAACGCUGUGCCUGGACACGAGGAAAACGGAAGUCUACGGCGACGCGGAGUGCGACCCCGGGCGCGCGUGCGGACAGCGGCUCAUCCUGGAGGAAUUCCUGCCUUAUCUGGAGCAGAGCAUCGUGGACCAGGCGUCGCCCAUGUGGAUCCGCCUGUUGCACAUCCACGCCCUGAGUCAGCUGCGAGUCCCGCACGCCCUCGCCAUCCUUCAGCCUCUCGUCCUAGGGCUCUCCAGGACAGAGCCACGCCUCAGGAUCCACGCAAUUCGGGGUCUCAGCUUCUUCAGCGUCCAUCCUGUUGUGCGUGACGAGGUCUUUGAGCUUCUGACCUCCGUGGCCGACAACCUCGGCGAGAACCCGAGGGUGCGCAACAUGGCUUUCCUCACGCUUACCACCUGGGCUCCCGACCUCAGCUGGUGGCAGGCGGCGGCCGCGUCCACCUGGCACGAGCCUUCUGUCCAGGUGGCCAACUUCGUAUCAUCUACGAUCACCUCGAUGGCCAAUAGUGACACGGCUAUUUCCCAAAUGGUAUCUCGCGUCGUCCCCCUGGCCAAGCCUGCAGCUCCGGCCUCCUUUUCGUUCUCCACCAACCUGUUCCUUCACGAAUACCUCUUCUCACGGAAGUGCGGCAGUGACAUCGGCGUGGCGUGGCUGGCCAGUGCUGAGGACCUCUUCCCUGCUCACGUGUUCCUGGCCCUGAAAACGUGCGCCCUCUACGACGCAGUUUUCCACUCAGAGUCCGAGGUGCACCAGCGUAACCUUGCGAGGCUCUGGCUGAAGAGGCCUGGGCCGCCGGCGAAGGCAGAGGAGGAGGAGGCUAGCGACGACGCCUUUGAAAUCGUCAUGGGAAUGUUCAACGAGAUCAAAGAAUAUCUAGGAGUGGAGGCACAAAGAAAGGUGUUAGAUGCUACUUGGACGAUCAAGUUCCAGCAACUGCUCAGACUGUCGCUGAAAUUUCUACCGGGAGCGAGAUUCAAAACAGUCAGGGAGUUCGUAAACGCCAUGAAGAGCAAAAUGGGGAACCACGUCCUGCUUUUUCACACGUUCAUUGACUCCACUCUCGUCGUCCCUACGGACCUCGGUCUCCCGUUGGUCGUGAAGUACGACGGCAGCUUCGUCUCCUGCACGACGGCCCGCCUUGAGCAGCCAUCCAACCCGCGCCUGGACGUCGCUCCUGGCGUCCCCAUGUUCCUCGGCGCAGAAGUCGCCUCAGAUACGGAUCAUCAAGUCUCGCUCGAGGCCAAGACACUCCUGCCGUGGUAUGAAAACCUAGCUGUGGGAGCUGGUUUGCAAGGAGGCUGGUCUCUGCAGCUGCCCUUCGUUAUCAGGACCUCGGACCUCACUCUGGGGCACGGCGGGGGCAGCGUGUCUUUCGAACCAGUCGCUACCCAGAAUUUCAAUCUGGUGGCAGCUUACAAUACCCCAUUUACCUUCGUCUCCAUUCGCGACCCUAAUGACCUCAUUACUAGGCCAGACUUGAGGACCGUUACACUCUCUGAUUUGAAGAAUUAUUCAGCGCCCGUUCUUUCCCCUACCUUAGGGCUUCGUGUCGAGUCGCUGUGGGCGGGCGACGUGCCUCAACCGCAGGCUCCGGGUUCCCUGUUUAGCUUUGGUCUAAGUUCCCCCAUAUCAUACCUUUGGAAUUACUACGUGACCUUCGACCCCGCGGCUUCUACAACCAAGAGCGUUGUUUUCUCCUUUGCAUUCAAGCACACAGAGGCGACGCAGGUCCCGAUCAACCAGGAUUUUGGUCAAGAGUCCCAGAGCAGCGCCGACUUCGAAGAUUUUUCACAGGUGCCUCAGUCUCCUGCGGAAAGGCCAGAGGAAACAGGCGAUGGUGAGACGCCCGAGAAAAUGGGUGACUUCCAGAGGCGCGUCAGCCUGGUCCAGCAGCCUCUCACUCCCGAUUCGGGCCACGUCACUACAGUUGGUAUCGAGGCGGUCCUCCACGGAAUACCUUCGAGAAGUUUCCAGGGCUUCCUCUCUUGGGCCCAGGCUUCCGACUACAACAAGACCGCUUCAAGACUGCAGUUGAUGAUCCAGAAGAAUGUCGUGGAAGGGGUACUCAGAGAAAACCAGGCACGCACUUACCAGAUCUGCUUGAACGCCGAGGUGGUGAGUCCAAAGCACAGACUGUUAUCUUCGCUCCAAGAGGUCUUGCUAAGCGAUUUUUACACUCCUAUCAAGGUUCAUCUGCACUCAGGCAGCUCCUGCGAUCUCCCAACCAGUUUGUCCAUUUAGGGAUUUCUGGACUUGAGUGAACAUUCCAAAAAGGUGGUGCGAGAGGCCACGACGACUGGCUGCAGCUACAACCCUUACCACCCUGCCCUGGACAUCAUCACAACACCCCUGUACGACCACGUCCACCUCACGGCCUUCUGGACAGAGGAAUUCCAUAACACGCCUCUUAGCGUUUCAAAUUCCGUCUACGAAAAGCUGGUCCAUUGGUUGUUCCGCCCAAACUUGAGCAUCUACAACAGUCCUCAGCACCCCGGCUCUACGCUUACUCUCAACGCCACCAAAAACGUAGAGACUAGUGAAUGGAGUAUGAAGACAAUUAUGCCACGGCAGGUCUUAGUGGCAAAUCAUAUACACAUUCCAGGUUGGAUUGAGACUUUUAUAACUCCCGCCUCAAUCCAGGACAUGUUAGUGCAUAGCCUGGUCAAUGGCAGACACGCGCCAGUCUGUCCUCUUUCUCUGCAGGCACGGACCUUCGACGGGCUGCAGUUCGAGUACCACCCUGACGAGUGCUGGGCCGUGGCGACCAUGCACCGCGCAGGGGGCGAGGAGGGCCUCGUCCAGGUGCGCCGAAGGAGUGACUGGGAAGCGCAGGUUGUCUGGAGGCGCGAAGGACUCCUCUUGCACAUCACCAACUCGCAGUUGCUGGUGAACGGAGAAACUGUCGAUAGCAGUGACCCGCGUUACGAGGUUGUCAUUCAAGAAAAUGCAGUGAUGGUUAUUCUCAACUCAGGCCCCAUAGUUAAAGUCUCGGAUAAAGUGGAAAUUCUGCUGUCAUCAUCUUACAAAUCCGAGGUAGGCGGCCUGUGCGGAAACCUGGACACGGAAACCUUCACAGACAUGCAAGGACCACGAGGCUGCACGUACACCGACCCCGCCCUCCUCACCCUGGCGUGGACUACUCCCGGGGAUGGCUGCAGCUCCUUCUCCUUCCAGGAUAAGAGGCGGUCGGUGGAGCGGUAUCAGGAGGAUUGCCCCCGGUUUUCCUACGUGCCGACGGGCGUCUCGCAUAGCAAUGUCGUGAUAAACUGCACUGAAUACAAAUACCAAGAUGAGCAUGACGUGUGUGCCUCAGGUGGUCCGCAACCGGUGUCGCUUUGCCAAAAGAGUUCCUCAGAUCAACCUUAUUCAGUAUCGGACAGAGAUGAUGAGGCCACACCUUGGUAUAACUGCCUGCAUAUGUAACUGACAUAAAUGACUGCAUGAAAAAAGUAUUGAUACUUUUGCAUAUUUGCGCCGGUAAGUUUGUCCUGUAUACGUGUAUAUGUAACUGGUAUUAGAAUACAGAUAUUAGAAUUUUCAGACGGAUAUGCUCAUUACUAAGGUUUCUCUGUUGGUUACUUUGAUGCAGUCUCAUUGGUCUGACUUUAAACAGAACUUUAUGAAAUCUUGAAUAAAUGAACUAAUUGUA